AUGCCUGACGCCGUGACAAUGGGAGACGCCGUGGACGUCGGGACUGUUCAGCAGUUCAUCGGGACAAUGCGCACGACCUUCCGGACGUUAGAUGCAACGUUCAGUACGUUGCACGAGCAGUCCGCAAGGAUAUCCGAACUCGGACCCACGACUGAAACUGUUGACGCGGAGAUUGUCCUUCUGAGGGAUCAAUUGUCUCUCCACCAAAGCGCGCAGACCGAGCGUGUUACUGCGAUAAAAUACAUUCUCAAAAACGAGGUGAAGCACCAAACGGCAGACUCGCUCAAGACUGAAAUCCGCGAGUCGAUCAAGCUUGAGAUCGAGAGAGAAGUGAAGCGACAGGUUGAUGAGCAGAUCGGCGAACAUAUCCCAGUCCCCCUGCCGCAGCAGCGGGAGGACUUUCGGACGGAGAUUGCCGAUGUACGGCGUGCAUUCGAUAACGCAGAGGCGAGACGGAAAAAUGCCCUCAUCAGGCCAAACCCGGACAGUUUGAAGGACGAGCUAGCCGUCGUCUCCAAACCCGAUGGUAGCCGAAGCAAGCAGUACCCUGCUAAUCUGAAUUCUCUGUUUGCCUAUAGUGCCAUACAAGCACAGCGGCUGCUUCGGGAUUUCGAGCUCCACGACGACGGUAUGCUCGAAAGGAACCUUAACCGGUUCAUGUCACAUAUCGGGAUCCGUUUCGAGCUGGUCCCCGUUCCUCCGACGCCUGGCGGCUCUGCAUCGGCCGGGGUAUCGGCUGCUGCUCUAGUCUCAAAGUCCCCUACCAAGUAG